CUUCUCCUUCUUCUCAUCAAUAAUAUUCACCAAAGAGACAACAAGACAACCCUUCCACCAUACAAAACUCGGUCGAUCUCCCACCACCACAACCCCAAAUAAUACACCACCCUAAUGACCCAAUACACCCCCCAAGGCCUCUACGGCGACGCCAUCAAAGGCCUGAUCCCCCGCGGCUGGAUCGACUCCAGCACCCUCCGCGAAAUCCCCGAUCACCAGGAAAUCUUCCUCUCGCCUACAACCCUCAGCAACCUCAUCUACGAGAUCAACCAGCGCGUGCCGAAUUCUACCGCGCUGGAAACGCUUGCCUCGUGGCCGUCGCUUUAUCACACUACUACUACUACUAGUAGUAGUAGUAGUAGUAGUAGUAGUAGUAGUAGCACCACUACGGCGCAGGGUACGGCACAGGGUACGGCGACAGCAACUACACCCCCCUCCCCAACGCAAGAAACCCUCGACAAAGCCUCCGCGAUCUACCACAUCCUGGACCUCUGCGAUGCAGACGACAAGAUCGAGCUCCUGGCCGGCCCGACGCCCGUCGUUCUCCCGAAGUUCCCGGCUGAGGCGCGGAGAGGUUGGGGCUGGGGCUGGGGCUGGGGCUGGGAUAGGGGUAGGAGGGGGAGUGGCGGGUCAAGUGGGGAGGGAGCCCUGACGAAAACAACUCGCUGCUGGUUUCUGUUGGUGAGGUUGGGGGAGCAGGUGGAUACCGAUUUGCUGGUUUGGGGGAAUGUGCCCGAGCAGGAGUUUGAGGGGAAGGGGGAUUUGGAGGGGUUGAGGGGGAGGAGGCUAUGA